CUUCCAUCUUUGACAGCGGAUCAACUCCAAGGGCGAUAACGAAACAUCAGCCAGACUCAGCACAAUUCUGCAGUUUCGUGAUUCACAUUGCAAUACUUCCUCGGGACAUUGGAGACCGGGUCGACCGUUGAUUAGGCGCACGUUGUUUACGACCGGGCGGGAGCCACUGCUUUCCAACACUUACACAUCCUCAAGGCAAUUCACUGCAAGUACGCCACUUAGAUAGAGAUGUCGAUGCCAUCAGCAUACAAGCCGUCUCCCUUGGGGUUAGGGUCUCAGCGGUCCUCGCCGUUUAGGCGUCCAGUAUCACCACAUUCACCGGCAUCACCUUCAACUCUACGGCAGACCACACCAUCUACGUCCCCAACCAAACAGGGAGGGCUUGCCGACGUCCUCGCGAAGUUUGAGAGCAGCCCGGCUACCACGAGUCCUAAGCCCGAGUUCCGAAAACUCCCUGCGCGCCCGACAGUGGAAGAUGUCCCGGAUGAACAGCUGCAGCCGCAGCGUAGCGCUCCUCGGCCGGUCAUGGCGAGUACGGCUACGGUAGGGCAUGGGAACGGGAACGCCCUAUCUCAGCUGCAGCCCUCGCAGACCCGGACAAUGCGGGAAGCAUUUCAGAUCCUGGAUCGCGACAGCGACGGCCUCGUAACUAGGGAAGAUGUGACGGACAUGCUCAAUCAGCUGGGACUUCCGUCGAGCGCGUCCGACGUCUCGUACUUCUUCCCGGCGUCAGGGGCGCAACAGAUGACCAUGGCCAUGUUCCUCAGCUCAAUAUCGACGUCACUAGCCGCCUUGUCACCAAGCUCCGAGCUACUGUCAGCGUUCUCGGCAUUUGAUGACGAUGACAGCGGCCAAAUCGACGUCACGGAGCUUCGGGAUGCCCUGCUGCACACAGCGCCGGAGCCGGGCCAGCAGCCCCUCACGUCGCUAGAUGUCGACAAAGUCAUUGCUGGCUUUACUGCCCGGAGAGCCUUCAGCAAGAGCACGGUCACAGGCAAGCGGGGUGAGGUAUUCAGGUACCAGGAUUUUGUAAACACCAUUGUUGGAGGAAAUGCAGGGGCUGCGCAGGCUGCAGAAGAUGCGGAGGACGCGUGAGCACCAACCAGGUGUUCGCAGAGUCCUGGCGGGGUUGAACGACUAUCAACAUAUGCGACUUGUUCAUUGGGUGUUUGGGACGUUGUAUCAGUAGGGAAUGCUACUUGAUGAGUGUUUGAGCCUAUCAUUUCGGGGCCGCUGGGGACGAACAAACGGUUUCUUCAACCAAUGAAUGACGGAUCAGCACCUUGCGCUGUGGCUGUCACAGAUCACCUCAUGCGCAAUCGGCGGCUAGCACCCUUUUAGCCUUUUGUUGAUGUUGUCAUAGGUGACCAGCAAGAAACGCUGGGUGAUUGGGCCGUAUCGACGGUUUAUUUCUGUCCUCACUCGUUAUGGGGAAGUCGUGCACUAGUGUAGGAACACAGCCUCUGACAGUGAGUGACGUGGAAUGCUCAUUCUCACUAGGUACCUGAACUAU